GCAGUUGUGUGAGCUCAGGUCCGUGGGUUUGCUAAGCCCAAAUGACUGUGCGAUUCAGUCAUCCCUGCGGAUGACUAUAUGCACGUUAUGCCGUCUGAUAGCCACUGCAGUAGUACUGCAGAAAACGCUAGGUGUCACUGGAUGAUACAUUUUUGUGUUUGCAUAAUAUGCAUCAGUGAAUCGUGACAUUUGGAUACAUGUGAGUUAAUGUUUUCGAAAACUUUAAACACACAAAGGAAGGAAUAUGGAGCACGUCGAUAGUCCGAGCUAUUUCCAAACGAUUUGGACACCAAUAGCUUCUGUGGGAUGGUAUCUCGUAGCAGUUGCAGUUAUUGCAUACUAUGCAUUUCCACACAUUGAAGAGAAAUAUAAAAGUUGGAAGCUCGCAAGGAGCCAGCAGAACGGGACUGCAAUUAACAAAAAGACAGAUCAGAUACCACAAUUAUCUGCUAAUGUGGAGUUAGCACGACAGAAGAUGCAAGAAGUGUAUAACAAGAAUUCCGUUUUAGCACAAGUCAAAGAGGAAGAAGAAAAGGAAAAGAAGCGUCAAAAGAUCUUAAAAUUACUGGAGAAUAAAAAUGUGGGUCAAAAGCUAGGUAGUACACCAGAUGAUGAAAUGCCCAGUACAAGUGCAAAAUCAAAGUCGUUUAAAUCAGAAUAUAACCCAUUGAUGGGCGACAGUAGUCGCGGAUAUCGUCCUCCGAAACGUAGCUGCUGUAAAAAAGGUGGAUGUGGUUAAUUUAAGAUUUAAUAGAAUUUCAUAAAUUACUUAUUCUUAUGACGAAAAUUUAAGAUGGUGAAAAUAAAGGAAGAUCAGAGGCAAUUUAAAGUUGUACAUUCGAAAUAUGGAAUAUUCCAUGAUAUAUUAAUAAAUUGUUAUAAUCGUUA